AUGUCGGACGCCCAGGAGAAACGCACCUCUCCGACUCACCAACCCCCGAUGGAGUCGUCUGGGCAGGGGAAUGAGGACCAAACCCUGCAUAGAAGUGACCCUGAGCUCACGGCCCAAUAUGAUGUGGUCAGUGAACAGCCCAGCACGACUUUGAGUGGACGAUGGAGGUCAGCUAGCCAGCGUGUCCGUCAACGGGCCAACACCUUGGCUGAGGCCCUCGGCCGACCACACGAGAGAGACGAGGAUGGAUUAGAUGCUAGUUUUCUACCCGAGUAUUACGGGGCCACCGACGACCUAAAGAGUUUCAGCGCACGCCAGAACAAGGACGAAGAGGACAAUCUGCAAGACAUAGAUCCCGACGCCCAAGCUCAGAACUUAAUCAAGCAACUCGGGUUUCACGGCCAUGGUCGGCAGGAAUCUUAUGAGCCUCUCUCCGGAGCAUCGACCCCGGAAGACAUGAGCGGUGCGUCCACGCCUCUCAAUGGAGGCAUGCUGUCCCAUUUGCUGCGUGUAUAUGCCAACAACAUUGGUAGUGCAAGCAGAAUGAGUCUUGCUACGACUCCAGCCGAGACGGACCCGGAGACUGAAACCCUACCACCAACUAAAACCGGACCACUGGGGAAAAAAGAAAAGGUUAAGUGGUACAACAACAAUAAUAAUAACGGCAGUGGCCAGAGUGGAAUCAAAAAGUUUAACUUGGACAAUCUACACACCAUAAAGCCCGGGAAACGAACCAAAACCUCAGGUCAUCACUAUACAUCUUCUCUCGUCUCGGCGUCCCUGGACCUGGGCCGUAUUGGCGUUCCGAAUGCCCAAGGCCCAGCGCCCAUGAAUGCGAAAGAGAGAAAGAAGCAGAAGCGCAAAAGCAAGAAAAGUAAGAAGAAUGUCCAGCUUACGGUGCAUAUAGCCCAAAUUUUGGCGCGCCAGCAAUACAUUAUGCAGCUCUGUCGCGCGCUGAUGAAGUACGGCGCUCCUACACAUCGUCUCGAGGAGUACAUGAUGAUGACCUCCAAUGUGCUAGACGUCAAAGCACAAUUCCUGUACAUCCCCGGUUGUAUGUUUAUGUCCUUUGAUGACCCUCUUACCCGCACCGCUGAGGUCAAAAUUAUCCGUGUCACUCAGGGUCUAGAUCUGUCUCGCCUCGCAGAGACUCAUAAUGUCUACAAGAACGUUGUGCAUGAUAUCAUUGGCGUGGAACAGGCCACGCAAGAUCUCGAUGAUAUUAUGCUGGCCAAACCGCGCUACAACAAAUGGAUACUGGUGCUGUUAACCGGUCUGGCCAGUGUCGCCGUUGGGCCCUACUCAUUCAACGCUCGUCCCAUUGACCUUCCGGUCAUCUUCAUGCUCGGCUGCAUCGUGGGAUUCAUGCAGCACAUCCUCGCCCCUGCAUCUGCAACAUAUUCCAAUGUGCUGGAAGUAUCUGCUGCUAUUCUCACCUCAUUUCUGGCGCGGGCCUUUGGAAGCAUCAAGCAUAACGGCGACUAUGUGUUCUGUUUUGCCGCCAUGGCGGAAUCUUCCAUUGCCAUGAUUCUCCCCGGUUUCGCUGUCCUCAGCAGUAGUUUAGAGCUGCAGUCGCACCAGAUGAACGCCGGUUCCAUCCGCAUGGUUUUCACUAUCAUCUACUCACUCUUCCUUGGAUAUGGGGUUACUGUCGGUACCACCAUCUACGGACUGAUGGAUCGCCACGCCACCGCCCAGGAGUCGUGUCCAACUGAAAGUCUAGAUAUUUGGGGCAACGAGUACAUCCAGCACUUUCCCUUUGUCGCAUUGUUCUGUCUGUUUGCCGCCCUCAUCAACCAAGCCAAGCCGAAGCAGCUCCCCGUGACCAUUUUCCUUGGUGUUUGCGGUUAUGUAACCAACUACUUCAGCACCAAGAAGCUGGGCUCUAACCAGGUCGCAAACACUGUUGGGGCGUUCACCAUUGGCCUCUUAGCCAACUUGUACAGCCGUCUGUGGCACGGUCAUGCUGCUGCUGCCAUAAUUCCGGGAAUCUUUACUCUGGUCCCGUCCGGUCUCGCGUCCAGUGGAUCUAUUAUUUCCGGUCUGUCGUAUGCUGAGGAAGUUGCCAAUAACAAUGUCACGAGCACUACAGGCGCGACAUCUGAGAGCUCUCUUACGGCCCUGGGGUACGGCAUGAUCCAGACAGCCAUUGGUAUUUCCGUGGGUCUGUUCAUCUCCGCGUUGAUCGUUUAUCCGCAUGGCAAGAAGCGCAGUGGAAUUUUCAGUUUGUAG